CCCCUUCACGGUCGGCGUUCGUCCCUUUUCUUGCGGCUGCUUUCCUGUGUUCUCACUUGGCAUUUCGACCCAACACCGCUUUUCUCUCGCCCGUGCUCGCUCGAACGCCACUCCAUCACGCUUUGACAACGCACAUCGCCCUCCACCAUGUCUCGCAUGCAGCAAGACCAGUUCGUCGACGAUGACGAGGAGGAGUGCUGCCCGCUAUGCGUCGAGGAGUUCGACCUGUCCGACAAGAACUUUUUCCCGUGUCCCUGCGGCUACCAGAUAUGUCAGUUCUGCUUCAACAACAUCAAGACGACGAUGAAUGGGCUGUGUCCCGCGUGUCGCCGUCCGUACGAUGAGUCGACAAUACAGUUCAAGAACAUCAGUCCCGAAGAGAUGGCCAAGCACAAGCAGCAGAUAGCGCAGAAGGCGAAGAAGAAUGCGCAGAUGCGCCAAAAGGAGGCGCAGAAGGCGGAAGCCGACUCGCUAAGCCGCAAACAUCUCGCGGGGCUCCGAGUGGUCCAGAAGAACCUCGUCUACGUGACCGGACUUACGCCGACAAUUCGCGAGGAUCGAUUGCUCGAUACUCUACGCGGAACCGAAUACUUUGGGCAAUACGGCAAGAUCGUCAAGAUUGUCGUGAGCAAGGCACGGGAAAAUGCACAGCAUCAACAGUCGGUAGGGGUUUACGUGACCUUUGCUCGCAAGGAAGAUGCCGCAGCGUGCAUAACAGCCGUGGACGGCUCGCAGAACGGCGACAGGACGUUAAGAGCCCAAUACGGCACAACCAAGUACUGUGCUACGUACCUCCGCGGGGAGCAAUGCAACAACCGAAAUUGCAUGUUCCUGCACGAGCCCGGCGAAGACAAUGACAGCUUCACCCGGCAGGAUCUGUCCAUGAUGAACUCUAUACAGACCCAGCAACCUGCACAGUCGUUGACCAGCCGAGCUGCCCCUCCGGCACACCAUGGCCCCCCAGUGGCAGCGGCGUCGGCUCCAAUGAACCGGCAAGACAGCAACGAUACUUCAAGUCCCACAGAGACGCCUGGUUUGCCUGCGACGGCAAGCUGGGGAAGUAAAGCCGCGCAGGAACGCCGUGCGAGCCGCUCAACGACUGCGUCCAACCCUAGCCCGAUGACCACGAACGCUGUCCUGGCCCCUCAGGCACCCCAAGCAUCGAAGGCAAGCAAGACGGAGGAGACGUCGAAGAAGAAGGGUAAGGAGAAGGAGAAGUCAGCCCAGACGUCCAAGUCAACAACACCGCAACCCCCACCAGUUCCACGUCCACCCAAGCCUCGCAUCUCUGGCUUCGAUGGCCUCCUGAAAACAAUAUCCGAUCCCGAUUUCAGAUUCGUAUUCUCGAGCGCCGUCCUGUCCGAGGAAGAGUUCAAAGCUGUCACUGAAUACCCACAAAUACUGGAUCCCAAUGGUGGCGCAAAGCGACGCGCUAUGAGAGAGAAGGAGAAGGAAGUUGCCGCCCAGCGGCAAACUGAGACACAGGCCGCAUCGCAGCAACAACUGCAGCCAGCUGCUGCCGCUGAAGGAGAAGAGCAUGAGACAACCGCUGGAGGUAGCUUGCAGCUUGGUGGCGAGCCUGAGGAGAGCCACCACACGGGCACAGGCCAGCCCAAUCAACAUGCAAUCGCACCACCUGGCCAACAAUCUCUGGGUGGCAACCUGUUCGGACAGAACGCUUCCCUAGCAGAGGAUUUCGGCAACCUUGGCCUUGGCAAUACUCGAGGCCUGACGCAGCAACAGCAGCACCUAUUGUUGUCCAACUUCAAGUCCGGCCCUCAGUCUGCUGGCCUCGUCUCCAACUUCCAGAACAAUCAAGCUCAGCCGACCCACGCUCAGGCCGGCAACGCACCCGGUCACGCGAGACACGCAUCCCGGUUCAGCUUCGCGAACGACAGCGCAUCCGCCUCUGCUUCCGUGCAGCCUGUCGCAAACCAGAAGCUGAUGAGCCAGCAGAGCUCUAUGAUGCCCAAGAACGCGAACCAGUUCCACCAACUCUCCCAGCACCAGCCAUUAGGUGGCCAGUUUUACACUAGCGGUGUUCAAGGGCCACCACCCGGGUUGAAAGCUACCGGCACACCACCAGUCAGCGGAGGUGGCAUGUUUAGCCAAGGUCACGGAUUCGCUACCGGCGGUCUCGGCUAUGGCGCGAACGCUGCCGGCAGGAACAACAAUGAUGCAUUGUAUCAGGACUUGCUCCGAGGCAGAAACAUGGACGGCGGUGGUAGGGUAGCUGAUGCUGGAAAGCGUGAGUCAAUGUUUCCUUCGUUUCUCAACCAACAUCCCACGACCUCCACGCCAGCCCCUGCCCCCGGCCUCUUGAGCUUUCCUUAUGGACCUUCGCCUGGUGCUUAUCAGGAAUCUGGUUCGCAGAAGUCUAAGAAAAAGGGGAAGAAGCACAGACAUGCUAACACUUCCUCCUCUGGGGGUGGUGUAGUAGAUGUUCAAGACCCGAGUAUCUUACAGGCAAGGUUGCAUCAAGGCGGAGGCAUGGUCGGGCAGGGACUGUACGGCCAAGGUCAAGGUGGGUACUCCUCCCUGAACUACAGCAAUUACGGCGGUGCCGGACGAUGGUAGCUCUCUUUCGCUUCUUUCACAUACUUUGUGACCAAAAGGGUCAUGUACAAUGUUUUAUUACCUCUCUUCCCACGAUGGC